CAGAGGAAAACUGACUCUACUGCUCUGACAGGGAGUAAGCAAGUGCGAUGAAGAGACAGUGCUCAGUUGCAAAACAUCCUAUUGGAUCAGUAUUAUGUAAGCCAUAGGUUCUCCAUAUUAUAAUGUAAUCAUGUUUUGUAUUGUUGGAAAGGCAGUGUCAUGGGGAACAAGCUUGUGUCUUUCGAGGUGGGGUGCUGACUAAAGUUCUUGAUACCUAAGGGUCCGCACCCUGCCAGAUACAAAGGUUAAUCCGGUGUGGUAUGCUCACAGACAUAGUGCAGGCAGAAUCGUUGAUUAACUGUACAGUUUUGUUAUGGUUGAGUGUUCAUUUGAUGACUUGGGUUUUGCUUUAAUCUUUGGGUAUAAAAGGGAAAAGUUGCAGUGGUUCGGGGAGACUCGUCAGGACGACCUCCUGAGCGCAUUCAUGUAUAGCCAUCAACGGACGGGGAAAACCGUUUCUCACCUGGCAAGUCAACUGAAUUUCUCACUGGCCUCAUGAGUCAUAUAUGCCAUGAGUACCGCAUACCAAUAGCUAACUGGUUCUGACUUGUAACUAAAAACAUCGCUUAUUGGAAAUUGCCCCAUUCAUUUUCCCAUUGACACAUUUGCGGGAAAACAAGGGGAGUGGCUUGGUGACGUUUACACUUACAAGCUCUAUACAGCCCCGGAUUGGGCGCCCUCGAAUAACCGUUACAUAACCAAGCAACGCCUCUACAGAACAUUACACCGUAGGAAUCUUUGCACCCUCGCGGACUGACAGCAUGCAUACAUUGCAUAUGUGUUCGGCCGCUUUGGCUGUUAUUUUGCUUCUGUUGGGUUUAUUGAAAUAUAGAUUUCCGUACUUUGCGAAGGAUGUUCUGUACAUUUUUAGAGUCCUCAGGAUUCGGGUGCGUAUGGGAGAAUUUCUAAAGAAAAAACCCUUCUACACAAUUUUAGACUGUUUUUUAGGAGCGGCACAGAAACACCCCAACAAAACAUUCAUUGUUUUUGAGGGGAAAACGUUCUCUUACUCGGAAGCCGACAAACAGAGCAACAAAGUUGCCAGAAGUUUGUUGGAGCACGGGCGUUUGAAAGAGGGGGACACUGUCGCGCUUUUCCUGGGGAACGAACCAUCUUACUUGUUGAUCUGGCUCGGUUUGUCUAAGAUAGGAUGUGCUGCGGCAUUGUUGAACUACAACGUCAGAUCCAAGUCCUUUCUGCACUGCUUCUCCUGCUGCGCAGCAAACGUCCUUAUUGUGGCUGCAGAAUUAAAAGAUGCGGUUGAAGAAGUGCUGCCGACCCUGCGCGAGGAGAAUGUCUCAGUCUUUCUCCUCGCCGAUGAGUGUGACACUGAGGGUAUGGAGAGUCUCGCCGACAAGAUCGACCAGGCCUCGGAUGAGCCGCUGUCACCGGCGCUGCGGUCUAACGUGACAGUGGGAAGCCCUGCGCUGUACAUAUACACCUCUGGCACAACGGGUCUCCCCAAGGCUGCAGUGAUCAGUCAGCAAAGGCUGUGGGCCGCGUCCUUCGUCCAGGCCAUCGCUGGUGUUACCGCCGAUGACGUCGUCUACAACACUCUCCCUCUGUAUCACAUUGCAGGGUUUCUGAUUGGGUGUACUGGUGCUAUUGAAAGGGGUGGGACAGUUGUUUUGCGGAGGAAGUUUUCUGCCUCUCAGUUUUGGGAUGAUGUCAGGAAGUACGAUGUUACAGUGAUACAGUACAUAGGGGAAAUCAUGCGCUAUCUCUGCAAUACACCAAAGAGAGACAAUGACCGAGACCACAGAGUGAGACUUGCUAUUGGUAAUGGGGCCAGGGCAGAUGUUUGGAAGGAAUUCCUGAAUCGAUUCGGCGGCAUCAGGGUGAUGGAACUCUAUGCGUCCACUGAAGGGAACAUCAACUUCAUUAACUACACUGGGAAGAUCGGUGCCGUUGGAUGUGUGAAUUUUCUCCACAGGAAAGCAUUCCCCUAUGCACUGCUUAAAUACGAUAUGCUGAGGGAGGAGCCAGUGAGAGACCACAGGGGGCUGUGCGUUGAAGUCGCCAAAGGGGAGACGGGGCUCCUGGUGUCCAGGAUAACAACGACAGCUGCCUUCCUGGGGUACGCGGGAAACCUGCAGCAGACGGAGAAGAAGAAGCUGCGGGACGUCUUUCAGAAAGGGGAUCUGUACUUCAACAGCGGAGACCUGCUGAGGUUCGACCACCUUGGCUUCAUCUACUUUCAGGAUCGUGUCGGGGACACGUUCAGGUGGAAGGGGGAGAAUGUGGCCACCACUGAAGUCUCGGAUGUCCUUGUCACGGCCGACUGUAUCCAGGAAGCCAACGUGUACGGCGUCAGUGUGCCAGGGCAUGAGGGCAGGAUAGGAAUGGCAGCUGUCACAUUGAAAGAAGGAGCAGAGUUUGACCCAAACAGCGUUUUCAGCCAAGUCGUCAGCUACCUGCCUGCCUACGCUCGUCCACGCUUCAUAAGGAUCCAGGAUUCCUUGGACGUGACUGGGACAUUCAAGCAGAUGAAAGUAAAGUUGGUGGAAGAGGGCUUCUGUCCAUCUGCUGUCCCUGACCCGCUCUACUUUCUGGACGACAAGGAAAAAAGCUAUGUGCCGAUGACCCAGGAGAUUUUCCAUUCCAUAGAGUCAGGCAGCAUUAAGCUGUGAAAAUGAGCUGGGUUUUGUGAGUAAGGAUCAGGGUCCAUCAAGUCCUGAGAAUCUAUAUUCGAUCAAUAUCUGUAUCGUCUGUACAUUGCUCUGGAUAAGAUUGUCUCCUAAGUCAUUGUAAUGUAAUGUGAUGUACAUUUACCUGGAGAUUUUUCUGCUGAUCUUAGAGAUGUAAGUGUCUGUUCAAGUUUCUAAAAUUGUAAGUGAAUUACCUGUCAUAACCUGUUAUUACCAAAUUAUAAAGGCAUUUAUGUGAAA